AUGUCAUGUGAGAUACAUACUUCGCCGUUGGAGAGUCUUCCCAAUGAGCUCUUAGACCAGAUCAUCGCCUACUUAUCCACAGAGCCCGCCUCCGUGGGACAAUUGCAUCAUGCACCCAGUCUGGAAUUGACUCACUCUCCAACAAAAGACCUGAAACAGCUAGCUCUAUGCUCAUCUCGCUUCCUCAGACUUGUGCGACCUCUGCUCUUUAGCCAUGCUUAUCUGGAUCUGCAUGAUGAACCGGCCUUCCAAGCUUUCAUCACAACGUCUGGUCUCAAUCGAAACGUAACAUCCCUGGUGGUGUUGGGGGAGGACAAACCAGAUCAUCCUAACGAUCCAUUUUGGUGGCGCCGAGUCCUCCAAUACCUAGACCCGAAGUAUGUGGUAAUCAUCGCAUCUCCCCCAUUCCUGGGUAGCACUCUAGGCACCCCGAUCAUGAAUGCCCACAGCUGGGCAUUCGAAAUCGACCUGCAAAUUCUGGCCUUGAGACAAGAAACUCAGAUGGAUUCAUCUCAAUUGCCGGAUUUAGAAUCUUGCUCGAGUCUUCUGACGUCUCGCGCAUGGAAAUCAAUGUCAUUCAACGAAUCCUCCUCACUGAAAUCAUAUCACCACUACGAAUACUUCCUGUCCACAGUCCCUUCCAUCCUUGGAGAAUGGGGCGCAAAUUCAAUUCGCGUGGCGAGACUUCUCCCUCAAUCCCGUGUCGAAUUGCUGGAUGUACUACACGGCCUGACACACUUUUCCUACACGGCCGUGUUCCCGUUCUUCAACCACUCGCAGCUUGUACUCGAUGCCGUAACGGAAAUGCAUAAUCUGCAGCGCCUCGACAUACGACUGGCACCUUGUCCUGGGAAUCAUGUCACUGAGGUAGAACAGCGAGGGCCAAUGGACCUCAGCGAUCCAUGGAUGGAGCUCUCCACGUCUUACUCCUUGGUGGGGUACACUGUCAAUAAGAUGGAAAACUUGAAAGAGUUCCGAUGCAAUGACCUACACGUAGAGGGCAUGCGGGAUGAACUGUUAGCCACAUUGGGCGAUGUCAUUGACGAGCGGACUUGGGUACAUGACGGAAAAGGUGUUUGGAGACGACAUUAG